AAAUAUAAUUUCAUUCACGCAAUCACUUCAUUGGAUCCCAAGAUAUGGCACAACCAUUGAUACCGAAGAGGACAUCACAUGUGAUCACAAAUAACACCCGCGAAGACAAUACACGACAGUCAAAGAAUUACCCGAAGAACUCAAUGGACAGAUUCGGUGAUGAGUUGUCACAAGUAUUGGUGUCUUAUCUGUCAUUCGACGACCGAUUCCGUUACGAAUGUGUGUCCAAACGGUUCCGGAAGACUGUCUUCGAGAGUGUUGUCGACAUCGAUAUCAACGACCGAUUCAUUAAUUUAGUGACAUUUAAUGCGAAGACAAUUGACACCAAAAUGUUGACCACAAUUGCCAUAAAGUGUUCACACAUUGAGACCAUUGACUGCCGAGGAAUACGCAACAGAUAUGGAAGCGUUUCAACAGUUUUGCACACUUUUCGACACAAAUGUCUUCAUUUGCGGCAAAUUUACUGCAAUUUAUGGCGAAAUAGCGACCAAUGGAUCCGCUCUUUGGGACCACUCGUCACACGAAUCGGCGAUAUUUACGGCUGCGUUGAGUGC